AAAAAAAAGAGAAAAUAUUGCACUUUAUAAAUAUACUAUAUUUGUCACUAAAUGUGUUUUCAACACUUCCAUCACUCCAUAACUCACUCCCUCUCUCUCAUUCUUUGGUCUCUCCAUAAAUAUGUAUUUGUCACUAAAUGUUGUCUGCAAAUAAUGCUGCUGCUGAUGCUUCUUCUUCUUUGAAGUUCACUUCUCCAUUACUACUCUUUUAAUUUGCUCAACACUUCAUAGGGCAAUAGAAGGUUGAAAAUAAAAAAAUAGGAAGCCAAAAAGAAUAAGAGAAAGCAAUGAUGGUGAUGAGAAGAAGGUUGGCUUGUUGCACUUUGGACAGAGAAAUUAGCAUCGACUUUGAUGAGCAAGACAGAGUUAGGACAUACAAUGGGCUAGAGAGUUGCAUUAUAAACAAUAAAUCUUAUGAAGUUGAAAGUGGGACAGGGACAAGCCAUGGAUGUAUGAGUGACUCAUUUGAUGUUGAUGAUGACUUGAGUUGUUCUUCUAGUAAAGAUGGUUUUGGAUCAUUUUCCUCUAAGUGGAUGGGCACUAAAAGUAGCUCAGAUGAUUGGGAUCUCUCUGAAAGUCCUCAACAUUUUUAUAUGAAAGCAAAGCCAGCUUAUGCAAUUCACUCCUCUGAUUUUGAAACAAUCAAAGAAAAAUUUGCUAAGCUGUUGCUGGGGGAGGAUGUAACGGGCGGGCGUAACGGCCUCUCUACUGCAUUAGCUUUAUCUAAUGCCAUAGCAAAUCUUGCAGCUUCGGUUUUUGGAGAGCUAUGGAAAUUAGAGCCACUGCCUGAAGAAAACAAGAACAAAUGGCGAAAAGAAAUGGAUUGGCUGCUCUCUCCUACCAACUAUAUGGUCGAAUUAGUACCGACAAAGCAAAGUGGUGCAAAUGGCCGUACAUUAGAGAUAAUGACUCCGAAAGCUCGUGCAGACAUUCAUGUAAAUCUUCCAGCACUUCAGAAGCUGGACUCUAUGCUUAUUGAGACGCUUGAUUCUAUGGUGAAUACCGAGUUUUGGUACUCGGAAAUAGGCAGUCGAGCAGAAGGAAGGAACAAAAGUAGGAAUCAAAGCAAGCGGUGGUGGCUUCCAUUGCCACAAGUGCCAACAACUGGUCUUUCUGAUUCAGAAAAAAAGAAAUUACUGCACAAAAGUAAAGUGGUUUAUCAAGUCUUCAAGGCUUCUAAAUCCAUUAACCAGAGUGUUUUGCUCGAAAUGCCCGUACCCGCCAUUAUCAGAGACGCUUUGCCUAAAUCUGGAAGAGAAAACCUUGGUGAGGAACUAUACAAGAUAUUAAGUAUAGACUCAAAGACAGCUGAGGAUAUGCUCAAUUCUCUCCGCUUGAAAUCCGAAAACAAUGCAGUUGAGGUCAUUAACAAACUAGAAGCAGCUAUUUUUGCUUGGAAAGAGAAGAUUGCUACACAAAUUAGCGGUAAAUCGCCUGUUAGAACAUCAUGGUCCUUUGUUAAGGAUCAAAUGUCAGAGUUUGACAAGACAGAUUCAAUGCUAGACAGAGCAGAAACCCUUCUUCAGCAACUCAAAGCCAGAUAUCAAAACCUUCCUCAAACAUUUUUUGAGGCUACAAAAAUCCAAUAUGGCAAGGAUGUCGGUCAUUCGAUUCUAGAAGCGUAUUCUCGAGUUCUUGGAAACUUGGCAUUCAGCAUAUUGUGCAGGAUAGGAGAAAUUCUGCAAGAAGAUGCUUCAAGCAAUCCCAAUUCUCCGGCAGCAGCCUGUUGCUUCCCAGGAACUAUGGAAACUCCAGUUCAUGUCAUUCAGACACGACACUCACUCGUGGAUCAGAUGAACGAUGCAGAUGGAAAAUACCGCGAAUCUAAUGCGAGUAAUAAUUCUGAUAUGGCAUUCUCUUACAGUACUGAAGCCAAAAUAAGCUCAUCAGUAACUGCAACACCAAGUCGAAGCCGAGUAUGGUGCAUUGGUAGAGAAGCUUGUAUAAGUGUUUCUCCUAGUAGUUCACCCUAAAUUUCAGUGCUUAUAUAGAUGAUGUUAUGGUAUAUGAUAAAUGAGAUGAGAUUAAUUUUUUGCUUGCCUAA